AAAUAAAAAAAAGUGAGUGUGAAAGAACGAAGUGGUCUGACUGCGUGUCACGUUUAUUCUUUUGAAGAAUAAUAAACGCGUUUGUACAAUUUACUAUUGAUAUUCAUUGUGAAUUUAAUAUAAGGCCGUCUGUGGAAUAGUGGUAAAUUAUAAAACCGAAGUGUAUGACAAAAUUGUUUGUGUUGUGUUGAUUUGCCAAGUUAUUAAAACAACUAUUUCUUGUAUCUGCCGUUUGUACUGUGCGACCGUGAAGGUUGAGAAUGUUACGUCAUUUUAAACAGUAGUGUUUGAUAUGAACUUAUGUACUUCUCAACUAUGUAGCAGUGCUUUUCUUCUUAUUCGUUAUUGAUUUUGUGAAAAAGCAAAAAGUUUUUGGAUUAAAGUCUUCAUAUUAGCCGGAAAACCACGGAUUUUCAAGAUACGGCGCUGAAUGGCGCCACGCAUGUCAAUGAAAUAUUUAUGCAAGUCCUGGCAAAUGAAAAUGCUAGAGUCGAAUCCUGUGACCUCCAAGCGGGAGACACAUGGAGGGGCGUGCAGGGCAAGAUGAGCGUGACAGCGCCGGGCAAGAAGAUCAGAAAAAAGUCUGGCAAUCAGCCCCAAUCUCAAAUAAAUAAGUGCUUCAACGAGAAGCGUCGUCGUGAGCUGGAGAACGAAGUCAUAAACCAGCUUGAAGAGCUGUUGCACACGUGUCUGGCGGAGGUGCGGCAGCCAGACAAGAACGGCAUCGUUCGCGAGGCCACCCGCCAGAUUUCAGAGGUGCUUAGUCGUCGACAGGCCUGCCCUUCUGAUUGUCCGUUGCGAUCUGCGCCUGCACGGUCGCCCUUACAGGCGGGCGAAGUCAGCUCCACGCAGCAGCCGCCGCCUCAUCACUACACCGAAAUUAGUACGCUAAUAGAGGCGGUGAAGCACUACACAAGUGUUUUGGGGUUGAUUUUAAUGGAAAUCAACUCUAAGGGGGAGAUUGAAUGUGUCACUGAAAAUAUAAAGGAACUGAUUCUUGUGGAACGCACCGAGCUGUAUAAGAAGUCGAUAUUCUCCUUAUUGCACACUGAGGACCACGCCAAGCUGAGACCGCUGCUAAGGAACAUACAGACCUUCACGUGGGGACCAACGGAUCCUGAAAAGUAUCAAAACAUACAGGCACGGUUCCUGGUCAAGGACUCCACUGCGACUGAUGGUAGCAGGUUGGCGGAGUGCGUGAUCCACGCGGCGGCGGUGCGCGCGUCGCCGGCGGAGGAGGCCGGCUCCGUCAUGUGCGUCAUCCGGCGCUGCGACCCCGCCGCCCCCGCGCCGCCCCGCCCCGCCCUCGUCUUCAGACUCGACUGCACCUUCACAAUUCUCUCUUGUGAUCUCUCCGGGGUCGAGAACUGUAUAAGCUCUACCCUCUCUCUUGUGGGCACUCGCUACUUGGAAUUAGUAGAUAGCGGGGAUCGCGCCCGCGUGUCGGCGCACUUGCAGGAAGUGGUCUGCCGUGGCGGCGGGCUGCUGGUCAGCGAGCCCUACGCUCUGCGUCUCGGCGCCGACGGUCCGCGCUUCAGAGUCAGCGCCCAGUCGCGCCUGUUUCCCACCGCGGGUGAACCCGACUUCAUCAUGUCCACCAACACCGUGGUCGGCGACGACGACGAUAUACUCGAAUCGACGCGACCUCCACUCGGUGGGCCGCUGAUGACCUCCAUCGUAAACGGCGAUCCCUCUGCGCCCCCACGGUACCGUUCGCCGGUCGUGCCGACGCCCGAGCCGGAGUCCCAGUUCUCGAUGAACGACUUCGACCUCGAUCCGUGGGGUUCGACGUUCGCGAUAAGCGAAGUGUCCGGCGAGGACAGUAAAGAGCGUAAAGAACCUACCGGAGAGGACGCGGGGGCUCCGCUCACGCCCCGUGCCCCCUCGACCCCAGGAGAAGGCCCGCCGACGCCUCGCACGCCUCCCACUCCGCUGACGCCUCAUCCGGCGCCGCUACCUGAGAAGCCGAACCGGUUGCGGACGUUGCUCAGCUCAAAAAAGACCAACGACCCGAUUUUGAAGGAUCUGUUGAACCAGAAGGACGAGGAGGGUGGCGGCGGUGAUUCGUCGGGGCCUCACACGCCUCACACGCCCUUAACACCGCACACGCCGCACACUCCCGCCUCGGCGCUGUCACCGCUGCAUUCAGCGCAGCCGCAGCAGCGUCAUCCGCAGCAGCUUCACAGCCAUCAGCCUCCCACCUCUCACGCCGCCCAACAUCCGACACACCAUAAUAAUCAGAUGUUAAAGCUACUGAACGACAAGUCGGAUGAAGACGGUGAUGACAGGAAUCGCAGCUCAAGUGCACUGCUGUCCCAGCUAUUGGCGGGGGGGCCGGGGGGCGGAAGUAGUAGCAGUGGGGGCAAUGGGGGUCGACACGAGAACGAGUUGUACUUGGAACGUAUUGCGGGCAUUAAACGCAAAUUUGACGAAUCAAAAGCCACCGCUGCUAACCCGAAGAGGGCUACUCCAGAACACCAACAGAGAACUGAAGCGAUCGCUACGCAGGUAACAUCGUCGGCCGCGGGCAGCAGCACGAGCAGUAGCCUGGGCAGCCCCGCGAGCGUCGGCAAGAGCGAGCUCUGCCUCAAGAACCAGAUCUUGGUGUCGCUGCUCGCUCGGCAGCAGACGACGCCCCCCACCCCUUUGCCCCUACACCCCGUCCGGGCCUUUCCCCCCCGGCAACGCCCUCCGCACCCCGCGCACGCGCCCAGGCAACAUCCGCACACGCUCUCUAAUAUGCUGGCCGCCAACAAUCGUGGUGGCAACAUGAAUGGCGGUGUGGGUAGCGCUGGAGGUGAAACUGGGAGCGCUCAAAGCCACCUGCAGUUGGUACUGCAAGGGGCCCGGGGGGCCUACCCCCCGCCCCCUUCGCAUCCUUCCCCCCUGCAUUAUGCCGCCCCCGCUCCGCAUCAUGGAUACAAUGCGCAGCCGCCGGGUGGCAGUACGCGUGUGCAAGGCGGGGGCAACGGGAAUGACAUUGAGGUGCACAGCGAUAAAACCCUAUCAGAGAUUCUCGACGAGCUGAUCGAGAACAAUGAGCGUAAUAGUGCACCCGACCACACCCUAAUGGAUCUCGAUACGCGAGCUGCCUCACAUGACUACCAGGGCGUGAACGAAAAGAAAGCAGCGAUCAAUGCGAUAACACAGAGUCUCAUGCAGUGCGAAUCUGUCAGCAAGAGCCCCGUGCCCUCCAGCGGGGCUCAAUCCACCGCGCCCCCCGUGUAUCCCUCGCAAAGCCCCUCGGGGCCCGGAGCUGCAUUGUAUGGGGCGGCGCGAGCCAGGGCCUUUGUGGAGCAACAUCGAGCGCGGCUGCUUCACUUGCAGGAGUCGCAGCAGAUGCUCGUCUCGCCAGAGGCUGCUGAACAGCCCCAGCAGGAUCUGGGGUCAACCAUCAACGCACUGGUCUCUGCAACUCCGCCUAAUGUCACAUUGCUGCCCAGAGCUGACUUCCACCAUUUAUAUCAUCCGACCAGUCAAAUGGGCUCAAGUUAUGGUACAAAUAAAAUAGUGACGUCACAGCAAAGUCCCAUGUUGAGCAGACAACUCCAUGGAGGCGGCGCCUAUGGGCCAAGUGUCUCAGGCGUGUCAACAGCGCUGCAUACCCCCCUCACACCCCUCACCCCGCAGCCGUAUCAUCGCGCACCCCGACCGCAUCACGUGGGCGGCUACUAUGAGGAUGGCGACUACUGCGGAGACUUCGGCCGAAGGGCGCCACCCGCGCCGCCCCUCGCGCCCCACCCCUCGCCCCACGACCAUAUGCCUUAUAUGGCGGGCGGGGCAGGUGCUGGGCCAGCGGGGGGCGGGACGUCCGAGUACGUACGCAACGAACUACGCGCUGUCGUAGGCGCACGCUCGGCCAGGCCGGAGAUGCACGCGCAGGAACUAGACCCGCUAUUGGCCUUCGAUAUGCCCGCGCCUGGUGGCGGCGGCUCGGGCGGGCGCGGCGCGGCCAACGCGUGGAAGGCGCCUCAGAGCACUCCGAGUACUACGGAGGCGGGCUCGGCGGCGGGCGGUGAUGAGGCGCCGGCCAGCAAGGCCUCUCUGCUUCAGAAGCUGCUGUCGCAGUGACCGGCCACGCCCUUGCAUUUACGCCCCGCCCUACUCCCCGAUAACUCUUCGAUAUUAGAUGUCUGUAUGUAUGUAUAGUUUAGCUGUAAGUUAUAGUGCGACGGUGACUUCCUCGAAGUAAUGCGGGAUUCUUGUCAUCACUUUAACGCAUAUUUCCAUAGACCGCGUGCAAUAUUAUACGAAUACAUAUUUUUGGCGUUGUAAACGUUAUGUAUUAUAAAGUCAGAUGUUACCUGUUAUGACAAAAUAAGUUAGUAUUCGGAGCGAAUGCGUUCAAGUCUUCGACUCUAUGCUUUUUAUUUAUAUUUUGGUGUGAAUUUCAAUUACAUUGAACAAUGUACAACGUUUUACAAUUAUAAAUCUGGUUUAUAUGAAUUUUUUAUAGUUGACGCAUAGAGACCGAGGGGCCGCAGUGUAUAUAUAGAGUGUUGUUAAAUUAUAGGCUGUUGCCUUAGUGUAAAUAUUUUGUUAAAAUAUACUUGUGUUUCUUAUUUUAAUAAUACUAUUAAAUUUAAUUUUUAUUUCUGUAAUUAUUAUUUACAAUAGUUAUCUGUAUCGUGAAUUCCCACAUAACUUUCGUAGGACGCUCGGAUAGUCGUGCCUGACGUGGCUAGUUUGAGCUUAGGCCGUCCCAAGGACCCAGCACUGCCGACAGGCGUCUAAACGACACACCUAACACUACCUCAACUCAAGUACUGUUAUAUAAAAAAUGGAUACGCCAUAAAAUUAAAGAGGUGUUAUUGGAAAUAAUUCAUAGUGCGGCUUUCGUCUUAGAACUUCGCCUUUGCGGCGUAUCUAGUGCUCAAUUUCACAUCUUCCUAGAUCUGAACUUCCAAAAGAAAAUCACAUUAGUAAAACUACAAAGCGUCCAAUUCGGAUUUUAAUUCCAUACGCAAGAUAAAUGAUUGUUACAUAGAAUCCUUAUGUAAAAAAACCGUAAAUGUAGAAUUUAAAUUUCUCGUAUAGCUGUUAAUAUUAGCGGUGGGUCGAACUAGAACCGCACAUGUAGUGUAAAUGUGUAUGACUCAAGUGUGCUUUCGUGUCCAUUUAAUUAGAGCGAGUGGGACCAUAGUAAUAACAUUUAUUAAAAAGAUGCUGUACUCAUUGGAGCAUUGUCAACUCCCUGUCUAAACGGACUUUUCUAUUUGAGAUACCCAUUUCACAAUGCUCCCUCGUUCACUUGUGACAAUCACAUACACGUAGGUACGUAACGUUUACUGAAAUUUUCUCAUUUUGUCAUUAUCUCUCAUACGCAUACUUCUUAAGUAGCAAUAUUCUGGAAUUACCACCCGUAGAUAAUAAAAUAUAAAUUUAAAUGUGAUGUAUUAUACCUACCUAAAGAUGAACGUACAAAUAACAAGUAGAAUACCCAAACCAAAAUAAAGGUGUAAGCUGAAUAAGAAAUAAUUAUAAAUAUUUUUGUACCUUAAAAGUAUAAUAGUUCUGAUAGACUACUGACCAAUAUUAUUUCACCAGGGGCUUAAAUACUAGCAUUUUUGAUAGUGAGAUAAAGCUUUACAUCCGAUAAAGGUAGCAAUAUUCCAUUCCAUUUGUUUUAUUACGGACAGACGCGCCGUGCUAUCCGCUGACUAUACAAAGUACAACUAAUGGCCUUCUACCAUAGAUGACACUCAAGUCAGACAUGUCAAUGUCACUGUCGAACGCAGCUCGUGUAACCGUCAAAAGAUGAUAUUUUUUACAUGUUUAUAACGAAAUAGGUGUUAAUAAUUGACGUCCAUUGGAUUAUUGUGACACGUUUUAACACGCCGGGUGCCAGCGAAAGUAUUUUUUCAAAAUCACAAUACAAUAAUUAAUCGUAUACUCGAUGUAAAAAUAAAUCGGUAAAGCCAUGGCCUUCAAAAUGAACAAAAAAAACAGCAACAUUGGUGAUAAAAUAGCCUAUGCUUCAUAUAAAGAGACACAGUAUUUUUUAAUAUAUUGUUGUAACGAAUGUGUAUAAGUGAAUAUGAAUGAUAUAAUUAUUGAUAAGCUACUUCAGUUUUAUUAAUAAAACUAAACUUAUAUUCGAUCUAAGCUAAUGUUACGAUAAAUGUUAAACAAAUAAUUGGUCGAUUGUCAAAUGUUUGCGAAAUUGAAUAUUCUUUAAAGAGUGUCAAUUUAAGCUUUGAACAAGCAACGAAAAAAUAUUUAUAAAAUAUUUGGAAAUAGCAGUCGUCUAAAUCAAUGAAAUGUAAUGCUUUUCUCGCAAUGUACAUUCGGCGGAGGCGGGCUAUCCGCUGAUCGCCAGCAAAACCCAAGGUAGCAAAUAAGUCGAUAACAUUGUUUAAAAUCAUCAACGAAUAAUUAUUCCUAUAUUAAUAUUUUGAUAAAAUUGUAAAAUUGGCCUUUAUACUGUGAAAUGUUACUCUGUAAUUUAAAAGAUAUUUGUGUAGCACAUUUUUUAAUAUUUCACGUAGAUUGCGCGAGACUCCGACGAAACUAAAAUCCAGGGAACGUUCUAUUCGCGUGUGGAACGUUUAACGUGAAAAAAACGAACUUCUAUGUUCACAAAUAUUCAUCUAUCAUUGUUACUGUAAGAAUUAUUGUCAUUUCAAAAUUCUUAUAGAUUUAUCACCAUAGAUUUAAAAAUAUUAAAAAUUUCAAAAGAUUUGUCUAUGUAUUUCGAAAUGUUAUAUAAAUCGGAAUUUUAUGUAAGUAUAAUCGGAAUAAUUAUUUUUGCAUUAAGUAACCCGUCGCACAGAGUGAUGACAAUGUGGAAAUUUAAAUGGGUCCAAAGACUCCAUCCGCAGCCGCAGGCGCAGCGAAAAUUGGACUGUGUUUUCGAUGUGAUAUGAUUAGUUUAACGAAAGCUCUGUGCGCGGGCUAGCGGUAGUGAGUUAGCUCCACGAUGAAGAAACAUUGAUGGGUACGGGAAUCUUUGUUUCAAAAGGAAAACAUAAUUAGUGUAUGUAUAAUAUUCACUGUACAUUCAAAUGUAUGUAUUAAAUCAGUUUUGUGUAAUUCUUCCGUAGAUUAAAUGUGAUAUUUAUAAGAUGACAGUCGCUAACACGAUGAGGUAUUUGAUCCCGUACAGUUGAUUUUAUUUUUUGUAUAAAAUCAUGCCUCGAGUCUUGGCCUGUCGUCUACGUACAAGGGUAUGUCAUGUAUUCGUUUAGGUGUUAUCCGACGUAGGCGCACUCCACAGCUAAUUAUGUUUUCGAGCCUGAAACGUGAAGGCCAGCGGCGGAAAGGGUUAUUGCGACGUUCUUAUUUAAUAUGAAAUGUGUGAAACACAGAAUUACGGGUGGGUUAUAUUGUCAGCUUUAACGUGUAGUCAUACCCAGUCUUAAACAGACUAAAACUAUUUAGUGUUGAAUAUAACUAGUCGUUUUCGUGCGCAGUAAUCUUUUUUGCGAAUGGCACAUGUCUGUGUUAUUUAGUUCUUCAGAUGUUAGUUAAGCUCAUUUGUGUUGCUGUGCUUCACGAAGCAUUGUAUGUAUGUUUAUAAAUUGUACAUAGCUAAAGUACAUUAUAUUUUUACGUCUAGAAUACAACCAAAGUUGUUAUUGAAGUGAUGGUUGAUUAAUAUUUGAUAUAUUAUGUAGCUCGUUAUGUUUAUAUUUUACUUAAUGUAAAACAUGUUAGUUGUACGAGUGCACCGCACUGUGCAUUGUACGCAGCCACUCUGAUAUUAAUUGUAACGAAUUUACUGGUUCGGAAAAAAUUGUGUGAACCAAAAUGAAUGUGUAACUUUCAUUACUUUCUAGUACCUCGUUUCGACAUCUUAAUAGUAAUCGUCAAUUACUUAAUCCGAUGCUUCGUACCACGUAUUCGAAUCUAAAACAAUUUUAUUCGUAUAACAGAAGUUUUAAGUACAUUAUGUUUAAGUUGUAUUUUUUGUACAUUUUAGAUUCGAAAAUAUAUUAAUAUCUAA